UACGUGUCUUUCAACCAUAGCUGACGUGUAAUUCCGCGCUGGCAAUCGGCUCCUUCGUUUGUAAGCCAAUCAAAUUCGAUCUCCACAUAGUAUAAAUAUACGUGGCCCUCCGCCCUCAAUUGCUCACCAAAGUGAGAACACCGCCGCUUCGGUACCGCGCAGUGGUUUUAGUAAUUUAGGGUUUCGAAUCAUGAGUUCCUCAAACAAAGGGGGCAGAGGCAAGCCCAAGGCCACCAAAUCGGUUUCCCGAUCGGCAAAGGCGGGUCUUCAGUUCCCAGUCGGCCGAAUCGCCCGUUUCCUCAAAGCCGGAAAGUACGCCGAACGUGUCGGGGCUGGCGCUCCCGUUUAUCUCUCCGCCGUUCUCGAGUACCUUGCGGCUGAGGUUCUCGAGCUUGCUGGCAAUGCUGCGAGGGACAACAAGAAGAGUAGAAUCGUUCCCCGGCACAUUCAGCUUGCUGUGAGGAAUGAUGAGGAGUUGAGCAAACUACUGGGGACGGUUACCAUUGCAAAUGGUGGUGUAUUGCCGAACAUUCAUCAGAACCUUUUGCCAAAGAAGACGGGGGCAGGGAAGGGAGAAAUUGGAUCUGCUUCGCAGGAGUUUUAGGUUUUAUAUUGUGUCGAAGUUUAGUUUUUGAAGUUUUAAUAUGGUUAAGGAUGGGAUCUUAUGUGUUAUUUUUUUUGGUUUUUUGUCUGCUUGAUCCCUGUAAACCCUAGUAUUGAAAUUUUUUAUGAUACAAAAAAGAAUAACAUACAUCUUUGGUCA